AUGCGGAGGGGAGGCGGCUGGUGUUAGGUGGAUCAGUCAUCAGUUAAAGAAUCAACGAAGUGACCAAGACACCAACCAUUAUUUUCUUUCUGCUCAUUUUCUUACUUUCCAAACAGAUAAGCGUUCCAAACCAAAUGGACUCUACCAAUAUUUCGGUUGCUUCUGGUGCUGGUCUGCAAGUGGGCAGCCAGGGAGUUAUGAGGAACUCAACUCUAAUUUGUACUCCAAUUAUGGGGGAAUCGGUAGAUGAUAUGCUUGUUGAACUGGUUAAGGCAAAACAAUCUGGUGCUGACCUUGUCGAGAUCAGAUUGGACAAAUUGGAGGUUUUUCAACCUCGUGAGGAUCUUAAAACCUUAAUUAAAGGCAGCCCUUUGCCUACUCUGUUCACAUAUAGACCAACAUGGGAAGGUGGUCAGUACAAUGGUGAUGAAGAAAUGCGACGGGAUGCACUUCGAUUGGCCAUGGAAUAUGGGGCUGAUUACAUUGAUGUUGAGCUUCAGGUUGCUCAUGAGUUCAUUCAAUCCAUAGCUGGAAAGAAGCCUGACAAGUUUAAGAUCAUUGUUUCUUCCCACAAUUAUCAAAAUACACCAUCUACGGAGGAUCUUGGUAAUCUUGUCGCGAAAAUACAAGCAACUGGAGCAGAUAUAGUGAAGUUUGCAACUUCUGCCUUAGAUAUAACUGACGCAGCACGUGUUUUCCAGAUAACCGUGCAUUCUCAGGUUCCAAUAAUAGCACUUGUUAUGAGUGAGAGGGGUUUGAUUUCGCGAAUACUUUGUGCAAAGUUUGGUGGUUAUCUGACUUUUGGUACUCUUGAGUCGGGAUUUGUUUCAGCACCUGGUCAACCUACAAUGGAUGAGCUUCUACAUUUAUACAAUUUCAGACAGAUAGGGCCCGACACAAAAGUGUUUGGUGUUAUUGGAAAGCCAGUUGGCCACAGCAAAUCCCCAUUUUUGUAUAAUGAAGCCUUCAAGUCACUUGGUUUUAAUGGAGUUUAUCUGCAUUUGUUGGUAGAUGACAUUGCAAAUUUUCUUCAAACUUACUCUUCUGCAGAUUUUGCUGGAUUCAGUGUCACAAUUCCUCACAAGGAAGCUGCACUUGCCUGCUGUGACGAGGUUGAUCCAGUUGCCAAGUCAAUAGGAGCUGUUAAUUGCAUUAUAAGGAGACAAAGUGAUGGGAAGUUAUUGGGAUACAAUACAGACUAUAUUGGUGCCAUUUCUGCCAUUGAAGAUGGAUUGCGAGGUUCGCUUAAUGCUAGCAGUAUGGGUGGUUCACCUUUAGCUGGUAAACUGUUCAUUGUCAUUGGUGCUGGUGGUGCUGGCAAGGCGCUUGCUUAUGGUGCAAAAGAGAAGGGAGCAAGGGUUGUGAUUGCCAAUCGUACCUAUGGUCGGGCAAAAGAACUCGCAGACACAAUUGGAGGAGAAGCUUUAUCACUUGCUGACUUACAAGAUUUCCAUCCCGAGGAUGGGAUGAUUCUUGCAAACACAACAUCUAUUGGAAUGCAUCCAAAAGUUGAUGAAACACCUAUUUCUAAGCAUGCUCUACGAUUUUACUCGCUGGUGUUUGACGCCGUAUAUACACCCAGAAUUACCAGACUCCUACGCGAAGCAGAGGAAUCUGGAGCCACAAUUGUUACUGGCUUAGAGAUGUUCAUAGGACAAGCCUACGACCAGUUUGAAAAAUUUACUGGACUGCCAGCACCUAAGGAACAGUUUAGAAAAAUUAUGGCGAGUAACUCUUGAGGUUCGUCAUUGAUUAUAAUUUUUUUUCCAGUAUUGAGCUUGACAUUCAAGUUAUUCUUUGUUUACCAUUUAUGAACUUUCGCUUGAUGAUUUAUGCAAAAAUUGCUUUCAUGGAUUUUGUCCAGCUGAGUUCAAUGUAACAAACCAUAAAUUUCUGAUUCUAUUGUAUGCUAUAAUUAGUUCAUAAUUUAUAAACAAUUAUUCUGAGAA